GAGAAAUAUCGGAAAAUUCGUUCAGGUAGAGGAAAAUAGAGUAUUUGUGCUUCUUUUGCGCUUUGCGGUGAGUUGUAAAAUGCAUUUUCCUGGUACAUAAUUGGCAUUUGCAAAAAAGUGACACGGUGUGUCUUAAAGCGCAGUGUUUUGUUGGGUGCAGUGCAGCGACACUAGCAACUGCAUUCGUUUCUUCAACGCUGGCGCUAGUGAUAGUGUUAAUACAAGGCGGUGAUUUAGAAUUCAGAUUUUGCUUGGUGCGGUUGUGUAAGAAAACAAAAAACAUAGAAAAACAAAUAUUGAGAGCAGUCGCAGCGCAGUAGCAGAGUUAGCGACUGAACGCAGCAAUAAAGUGUGUAUCGUUAAAGGCGACUACGUGACCUGCUGGCUGCAAGCAUGAGAAAGCGCACGUCCGAUUACUAUAGCUCCGAUACGGAACAGAUAUUAUCUGAGGAUAUAGGAGCUAAGGCUUCUUUACUUGAAGAGUAUCAGGAUAUAUUUUUGAUGCGUCCUCAAAUGCAACCCAACUAUGAUGACAGCUUUAAGGAGGCAAAGCUGUUGUACGAUAAUGGAAAUGAAGAGGUUCAGCAAUUAUUGCUGAAAGAAUGUAGUCUGAUAUAUGAAUGUAAAAAGUGUCGCAAUAUGUUCAGAAGCCUGACGCAGUUUAUUGGUCAUAAAAGAGUAUUUUGUCGGAGCGAAGUUCGUAGCCAUGAUGACAAUACAGAGGGCGAUAAUUACAAUGGAUUCUCGAGCAGUCAUGUAAUGGCGGCCAAAGAAAUUUGUAACAAUACAAAUAGUAGAUGUGAAUCUGUUUUGCAAAAAACUGGUGAAGCUGUGCAACAGACCAGAACCUUGUGUGAAAGUAGUGAACUUAUGGGUGAAAAAGCAUUAGCUGGUGAAUGCACGGAUCAGCUGGUAGAACAGGAAAAGAUAAAAAACAUGUUGGCAUGUCCACAGGAUGAUUGCACACUUAGUUUUUCGAACACCAAAGAGCUUGAAAUACAUUUUUCUCAAGAUCACACUAGACCAACGGUAUUUACAUCGACAGUUGAGCAGAACAAACAAGAACAACAAACGCAAACAAUGCCUGAUCAUACAGUUAUUACAAGAGCAAAGCGUACACUCUCUCAUAAUUAUCACAAAUGUGAACACUGUGGAAAGAUGUUUGAGCUCAUUGAAGCUCUUACUACCCAUCUGUUGCACUGUCCAAUUAAGCAUAACAUUUUAAGUAGAACACUUGCAGCAGGUAUUGAUGAGACACGCGAUAUCAAACGCAUAAAAUUGCAAGCGACGACAGAAAGUACGGCUGAAGUGCCCGAUACAUGCGCAGAAGCCUAUGGUCAGCAGCCAGAGGAGGUGGACAAGGCAGCAACAUUGGCUGUAAUUGUUGAGCAGGCAGGCAUCUCCCAAGAAAACUGUGUGUCCAAAAACAUGGGCAUAGCAUCAAAGAAAAGGAAAAUGAAGCAUCGAAAAAUAUUGACGAGUAAAAUUAGCACGGACUUGGAUGGAUCUACCCAGGUUGACGACACGGUGCAAAUUAAACAGGAAAUAUGCAAUGAUGUGCCUUGUACUACUGCCAAAGUUAAAUCUGAAUGCAGCACUGGUAGUGAUGGUAGCGAUUUGGAACCCAAAAAACUAUUAUCUACUUGCACUUAUUGCGAUAAGUCGUUUGAACGCCGUGCCGCACUAUCUACACACCUGCAGCACUGUGAGGUAAAACAAUGCGCUCUUGAAAAAACUUCUAUUUACGGCAUGAGUGCAUGCCCGAAACGUUCGAAACCGCAUUCAUCGUUGGAGAAAUCUUCGAAAGAGACGCGCCUACAAAGUGCGAGUGCAGUUGUUGCCGAAGAUCCCGAUACGGAACUUUUGAAUGAGUUGUUCGCGAAUCUGGGCAGGCAGGAUUUUGGAGUGGGCCUACAAACGGUUACAAUUGACCAAGAUGAUUUGACUGCUUCUGGCACUGAAGAAGCUAAGGAGGACGUGGUUGAAGCUGAGCAAGUACAUACGCCAUCAAAAUUAACUGCAGAUUCUCCAGUCGACCAAAAUGUAACUGAUGCCGAUAUUUUGCCUGGUAUAGCUACAAAUGAGAGCACGCCUGAAGGAUACGAAGAGGACACAGAAAAGAAGACAGGUCGUCGUAUGCGUACUGCGCCAAUGGAAAAACGCCUAUUGUGUCGCUGUAAGAUAUGUUAUAAGCAAUUUACCGCUUUAAGCAAUCUACGUCGUCACAUAUCGAUGUUCCACUAUCGCGCUCAACGCUUUGGUUGCACGUUGUGCGAGUAUCGCGCUUUCCGACGCUAUGACAUUGUCAACCAUUUGGGCAACACCCACGGCAUGAAAGGUGAUCCUGAGCAAAUGUCAAUCGAAUUUGUUUCGGAGCACGAAGUGAAUUACAGCCGAGAGGAUGUCGAGGGCGAUAUUGUUGUACUCGAUGAGGACAAUAGUUUGUGUGCCGUGAAUGGGUCAAUCGAAGACAUUGGAAGCUUAAAUGAAACUAAGCCAAAUCUGAAACGUUUAAAGCGCAAUAAGGCAAUUGCAGUUUCAAGUGGUCUUAGUGUCGUUAUAAGUAAACUCACAAGGCAGAAAUUGAAACGCUCACAAUCACAACACGAAACAUGCCAAGGUGGCGUGAAAACUCCGGCAAGGCGGCCUAUACGGAAUCGCAUUAAACCUGAGAAUAAAGACUUUGUAUAUGAUCUCUCCAGUUUGGUGAAGAAGGAUAACAAUGUUGUGCAAAGCGACGUAACACGUACCUUAAGACGGCGUAAUACAAUGAAUGCCAACUCAGCAGAUGGUAGCCUUCAUUGCAUUGAGUCGCUCUUAGGUUCCGCUGCCAGCAGAGAUCAUAUUCGUGGCGCUGCGCAACGUUUGGCUUCUUCAGUUAUAAGUAGCGGCGCGGCGGCAUCAGCUACUCAGCCCGAGCUGCCCACAGAAAGACCGCAGAUGCGGACGCGCUUGAUCUCUACGCAACGCGCUGACAACCAUUCGGUGCCGGUUAUCGAAGCCAGUGAAUUGGAAGCUGCGCGACUACGUUCUACGUUACUGGAUGACACCUUCCUCGACAAAGUAGCCAAGGCUUCGCCAACAUCAUUCAGAAUCAAACCAUCAUUAUCACUGCAUACCAGCACACUUAAUUGGCUCUUGGAAAAAGUCGAUUCAUCGCUGCAUCAAAACGCCAAUGGCAAAUCUUCGCCCAGCGAGACGUUGUGCAGCGAUGAUAACAGCAUCAAUAGUUUACAUGUCUCCCCGCCUCCGUCAAUUCCACGAGAAAGUGAUCCACCUCCCACGCCCCGCAAACGCAUCUCAGUGCUUGGUCGCCUGCGUGACGAGAGCUUCAAAUACCGCGACAGUCUAUUACGCUCUGCAUUGGAAAACUAAAUGCGGAAAUUUACAAUUAAUUCUUAUAAUUUUAUACUUAUUAGUCUACUUUAGUUUACGUGUAAUCAAUUAAAAUUUAGUAGUAACUAACUAUAUUACCACCAACCCACAUACCCACAUACAUUCUUAUAUCGCUGGCCCUCUGCAAUAAUGGCACAACUCAAAAUUUCAUGUAUUUAAAUUAUUUAGUAGUCUAGGUUUAUAAAUAACCAUAUUUUCAUGCGGAACAUCGCUACAUCUUCUACUGAGAAUUGUUAUAAUUUGAGUUGUUUCGUUAUUGCAGAGGAACAUCGAUAUGCACGUACAUACUAUGUUUACCAACCGAAUAACCUACUAAUUACUUUGAGUAGGAUUGUUUCGUAAAUUCCAUACAUAAGUAUGUACAGACCAAAAACGCAUCUGUAUAUAUAAUAUAUAUCUUGGAGUGUAUAUACUUAAACCAUAUAUGUACGUAUAUUACUGUCGCAUAUACAAGCCUAGUAUUGUAUUAGUGUAAUGUAAAAUGUACAAUUCACGUACCUUGUACACUCAAAUGAAUUAUUGUUCAUCAUUUCGUGUGAGAGAAGCCUUACAAAAUAUAGAAAAGUAAUUAUAAUAAAAGUAUAAUGUUUAAGAGUAGCAUAUGCAAGUGCAA